AUAUUUAUUGAUUUAUUUGUUUAGUUACUUAGUUUUCUAAAGAAAGUAUAUUUUACUUAUUUGUUUCUAGUAAUAUUAAUAUUAUAUUUUAGUAAUUAAUAAAUGGGAAAUAGCCAAGAUAAAAAUUAAGAUUAUUAGAAUGUGAGCUAAAGACCGGAUUCGUAGAGAAAUAACAACUCUUAAAAUAAGAACGCUUUAAUGAGAAAAAUAUAGUCUUUAUACCCAUAGAUUAGUAACAAAGAACUUGAGAUCUUCGCUAAUUAAAACAAGGAUAUGAUAUUUUGGUCUGUUUAAGACCACGAUUUUGAGAAAAAAUUAUAAAAAAGUCUAGAAAAGCACUUCAGAGCUCAAGAGAGCAAAUAUAAUUAGCUUAUAGAAAGAUUAUAUGCCCAUAGGUAGGCUUAAAUGAAAGAUGUUAGCUUAGUAAAUAAUUAAUUUAUCUAAUCAGAUUAGCUGAAUGAUUAAGAUAUGCGAAUUAUCUUUGAAAAUGCUUCUUUGUUAGAAAAAAUUGAUAAGAUGAAAGACUUCUUUUUAAUAAAGCAUAACAAUCCUCUUUAGCUAAGUUUGCAUGUUACUUUUUUGGCAAACACAUUUAAGCAAAUCAUAGAUUUAGGGGAGAAAGAUGAAGAUUUUUAUGUCACUAUUGUAAAGGGGUAUACUUAAUUUCCAUCAAAUUUAAGUAAAUUGAUGUGCCUAUGUGGUUUUAUUGAAUUUAACGAAGAUGGACAAACAAUAGGUCUUUACUAUUAAAAGAGAAAUCCAAAUUUAAUAAAAACACUUUACAGAUAUUUAAAACAGAAAUAUCAUACAAAUAUAAAGUAAAUUGACACUAUUAUUAAAGAGAUAUCAGAACAGCAAUCCUUCAAGCAUCAGUCAACCGGAUUUAGUUUAGAAAAUUAUCAGAAACAAUAAUUUAAUAAUCUAUAAAUAUCUUAAAAUUAAGCUUAAAAUUUGAAAGAGCAAGUGUAGCAACAAAACCAAAUCAAUUAAAAUUAUAAUAUUGAUGCUUAAUAGCAAUCAAGAUCUAAUAACUCCUCAAAUAGUUAAUAAAAAUCAGAAGAUUAUUAAAAAUAUAAGGAGCAAUACGAGAAGUAGUAUUAAAAAAAAGAACUUGCUGGUAAAAUUACUUUGAGUUAAAAUCCAAUUUACUAGUAAAUUUCUACAGUGGUACAGAGUAAAUAAAUAUAAGAAAGAGUGAAAGCCUAAAUAGAGGCGAGGUAAAGAAGAGAAGAAAAAAAUAAAAGUGGAUAAGGGAAAUAGAAUUAAACUAAAAGUAAAGCGGAAGAUUUAUUAUUUGAUGAAAGUAACUUGACUGUUUAAACAUCUCAGUAAAGUGCUGAAGUGUCAUAAUUCGAGUUAUAAGACUUAAAUCCAAAAGAAACACCUGAAAUGAGAAUGAGCAGAGCUAUAAUAGAUUUAAUUAAUUAAUAUAGGAAAUAGAAUAAUAUGUUAUAACUAUAAUUUAGCCAAAAUAUUAUGCCUACUUGUGAGUAUCACUCGAGAAACAUUGCUAACAAUGAAGCUCCUUUCGGACAUGAUGGAUUCGAAGGCAGAGUCAGAGAAAUUAGUUUGUAUGCUGACUUCGUUCUAGUUUGUGAGUCUGUGGUAUAAUCAACAACUCCAGUUGACUGCCAAAAACUUGUUACUGAGUUAAUUAAUAAUGAAAGGCAUAAAAAAAAUUUACUUUCUCCGACUACUCAUGCAUGUGCUGGUGUGUAUAGCAAAUAGAACUCAGCGUUUAUCACUAUUAUUUUUUAUAAGUCUAGAUGA